GAAACUACCCUGAGGCAAAAUUUCAACAAUUUCAACGUGAUCCAGUCUGUCUACAAGAACGUCGACCAACAUGGCAUUCGAUCCAAUAUCUUGACUCCUAUAUCUUUGCCUACGAGCGGGCAGAGGCCCGUAAUUGCACGAGUCUAUGGCGGAGGAUUGUUCCGUGGAGAUUCCAUCUACGCCGACUGGUUCCCAACGUGGCUUUUACAGUUAUCAGAAGCCCAUGCUGCCGUGAUUGUCUCUCCCAAUUAUCGCUUCCUUGCUGAAGCCAACGUGGCCCAAUUCCUGAAGGACAUGCACGAGUUUUGGUCGUGGUUGCAUUCUGACGAUUUUGCUCAUCCCUUGACACCUCAUCACGUUAGCUCGAUCUCACUUCCUGGGCAGAUCGAAUCUUCUGAUCUGGAUCUUAAACGCAUCCGGCUGCAAUCGGCCAUUUCUCAACAUAAGAGGGGCCCGGAGCUAUAUGCUCGUGACUCCGAGAAUUCCCCUUGUCGCGGGCGUCUUUUCCAACUGGCUCGGUUAGAUCAGCCCGACACGAAGCUUCCUCGGGGUGGUCUGGUGAUUAUGCACGGUGUCGACGAUGGCAUGGUUGUUCCACUGGCCAGUGAAAGGUUUGUGGAGAAGGCUCGGGCUACUAUGCAAGGGAGACAAGGGGGCAAGACCAUCGUGCUUUCUCUUCGGCCUGGUGAUCAUGGCUUUGACGUCAAUUCAUCGUUGGAGGAUGAGUGGCUGAAGGAGGCUCUCAAAACAGCGGUGGAGCGUUCUGUUGAAAUUGUGUCUUGGGGGAUAACUCGGGUUUUUGUACAGUCGUGUCCACAGCUGGCCUCACCUGUAUUCUCUCGCCAUGCUUACGAUAUCUGUAUAGGAGUCAUUUUCUAG